CAUGCAAAGCAAGAGCUUCGCCAAACUUACUGGGUGGCUUUCCAUCAUCACCACAUUCACCUGCGUCUCUUUUCAAGGCCCCCCGCUCGACCAAUUCCAUACAAAGCGGGCUGCUGAGGCACGGUGCAGAUGCAAUGCAGGUCUAUACUGAGCUUGUGGCCCCGUCGGCGGUCUCCCACUCGCUGAGCUUGCCCUUCACGUCCGUUACAGCAAACAACCUUCUAGUAGCAAAGGGCUCGCUGCUCCAGAUCUUCGAGACGAGGAUUAUUGCUGCCGAAAUCGACAAUCGAAACCAGCAAGACGAACCGCGCAAUACCGAUCGCCCCUUUGACGCUCGUGCCAACGAUGACGAUGGACUCGAAUCCGACUUUCUCGGCGGAGAAGCCUUUCUUAUCCAGGACAAUUCGCAACACACCAAGCUUGUUCUUGUCGCAGAAGUAGCAGUAGCGGGCAAUAUUAUUGGCCUCGCCCGUGUUGACGUCAAGAAUACAGCUUCAGGAGGAAGUGCUCUGCUUCUUGCGUACCGCGGAGCUAAAAUGGCUUUGACACAAUGGAAUCCACAGCGACGAACCCUCGAUACGACAUCGAUACAUUACUACGAAAAGGAUGAGCUACAGGGCGCUCCAUGGGAGCUCAACUUUGGAGAAUAUGUCAAUUACUUGGAAGCAGACCCCGCGAGUCGAUGCGCCGCAUUCAAGUUUGGCAGCCGAAAUCUAGCCAUUCUUCCUUUCCGACAGGCAGAGGAGGACCUGGAAAUGGACGACUGGGACGAAGAUCUCGACGGCCCACGUCCUGCCCAAGAUGCUUCCAUGGCUACUGGAACGGAAAACAGCCAAUCGCAAACGAUCUAUACACCGUCCUUUGUCCUGCGACUCCCGUUGCUGGACCCGACACUUCUCCAUCCUAUCCAUUUGGCAUUUCUUCACGAAUACCGCGAACCGACCUUUGGUAUUAUAGCAUCUGCUCAGGCCCCUUCGUCUGUGCUAGGUACCAAGGACCACAUGACGUACAAAGUCUUCACAUUGGACCUGCAGCAGCGAGCCUCGACUACUAUUCUUUCCGUUACUGGGCUGCCACAGGAUCUUCAAAAAGUAAUUCCUCUACCAGGGCCGAUAGGAGGUGCCCUGCUUGUAGGCACUAACGAACUGAUCCAUAUUGAUCAAUCAGGAAAGCCUAAUGGUGUUGCUGUGAAUCCCAUGACCAGACAGACCACAUCGUUUAGCUUGGCAGAUCAAGCGGACCUUGAUAUCCGACUCGAAGGCUGCGCUGUGGAGGUCCUCUCGAUCGAGACAGGCGAGCUUCUGUUGAUUCUUAGCGAUGGACGCCUCGGCCUUAUUUCGUUCAAGGUCGAUGGCCGUACAGUUUCUGGCUUGACUGUUACCAUGAUCAGUGCCGACUGUGGAGGAGAUGCUAUCAAGAGUAGGGUAUCCUGCAUAUCCAAACUGGAUAAUGAUGCCUUGUUCAUUGGCAGCGAAUCGAACGACUCUAUAAUCCUAGGCUGGACCAGAAAACACACCACCGACAAGCGCAAAAAGCCACGACUCGACCCAGACUUAACUAUGGACAUGGAUGACUUUGACGUGGAAGACGACGACUCAGACGACGAUUUGUACGGGACAGAAUCCACCACAGCAAAACCAUUGCUGACAUCGUCGGCCACCUCCAAAACGGGCGAUUUUGUUUUCCGCGUUCACGAUACCCUAAUAAGUAUUUCACCAAUGCAGGAUUUUGCACCUGGUAAACAGGUCUUCCUUCCGGGCAGCGAAGAGGCUACACUUCGAAAAGGUGUGUCGGCUGAUUUACAGCUUCUAUGCGCCGUUGGAAGGGGAAAGGCUGGUGCCAUUGCUAUUCUCAACAGAAACAUCCACCCCAAGGUUAUCGGCCGGUUCGAAUUCCCGGAAUCAAGAGGCUUCUGGACUAUGUGUGUAAAGAAGCCACUGGGAGCCGGUCUUGGACCUACUGCCGCACUGAAUGAAGAUUAUGAAGGGACGGACCAGCAUGACAAACUAAUGAUUGUUGCAAAGGUCGACCCUGACGGCUACGAAACGUCGGAUGUCUAUGCUCUUACUGGUGCAGGAUUUGAGAGUCUAAAAGGCACUGAGUUUGAACCGGCAGCGGGCAUAACUAUCGAGGCUGGGUGCAUGGGCAACAGAAUGCGUGUCAUUCAGGUUUUGAAGUCUGAGAUCCGAUCGUAUGAUGGCGAUCUCGCUGUGAGCCAGAUUCUCGAAAUGGAAGACGAAGCAACAGGGGCCGAGCCGCGCGCAGUUAGCGCUAGCAUUGUUGACCUUUACAUCCUCGUCAUUCGCGAUGAUGGUAGCGUUUUCGUUGCCAAGAUCAACCCUAGCCAUGACUAUGAGCUGGAGGAGCUGAAGAAGCCUGUUGCCGAGUCGGACACAACCAAAUGGAAAGCCGGCUGCUUAUAUAUUGAUUCAAAACGGCUGUUCAGCCAACCGGCGACGAGUGCGGACGAAGAGGUACCUGUGGUCAUGUUCUUGCUGAGCUCAGCAGGAUCAUUACACAUAUACGCUCUGCCUGACCUUUCCAAACCUGUUUAUGUUGCAGAGGGCUUCUCGUCUGUACCGCCCUUCUUGUCGCCUGACUUUGUAGGCCGACGAGGAGCUACAAAAGAGAAUCUUGCGGAACUGCUCGUUGCAGAUCUCGGCGAUGUUGUGGAUAAAUCACCGUAUCUCAUCCUCCGCCAUGCUACUGAUGAUGUAACAAUUUACGAACCUAUUCGAUACCAAGCGCCCGGAACCGGUUCAAGUGUAUCGGAAACACUAUUCUUCAAAAAGGCAUACAACCCAACGAUUGCUGAAAGACGACCAGAGCAAACCGACGAGGACGCAACCAGCCACAAGCGAUACUCACCUCUACGCGCUUGCGGGGAUAUUGGAGGCUACUGCACUGUCUUUAUGCCCGGUGACUCACCUAGCUUUAUCAUCAAGUCCGGCAAGAGUGUUCCCCGAGUUAUUGGCCUCCAAGGCCUUGGUGUACGUGGGCUGAGCACGUUCCACACAGAGGGCUGCGAAAGAGGUUUUAUCUACGCAGAUACAGAAGGUAUUGCACGUGUAAGCGAGCUGCCAACUGAUCACAACUUCACCGAGCUCGGCUUGUCGGUGAAGAAGAUGGCCAUGGACUGCGAUAUUUCGAAAGUCUCGUUCCAUCCUCUAACGGGAACAUACAUUGCCGGAUGCAGUAUCAACGAGCCCUUUGAGCUACCAAAGGAUGAUGAUUACCACAAAGAAUGGGCAAAGGAGACGCAAAUUUUCCCUCCUACCAUGUCCCGUGGUGUGCUCAAGCUUAUUAGCCCCGAAACUUGGACAGUUAUCCAUACAGUAGAGAUGGAGCCGUGUGAAUCCAUCGAAAGCAUGAUGUCUCUUCGUCUUGAAGUUUCCGAAGAAACGCGAGAGCAAAAGAUGUUGGUGGCUGUGGGAACGGCACUUUCAAAGGGUGAAGACUUGCCGACUCGCGGUCGUGUACAAGUCUUUGAUAUCGUAGCCGUUAUUCCCGAGCCUGGACGACCAGAGACGAACAAGAAGCUCAAAAUUCUCGCCAAGGAGGACUUGCCUCGUGGAGGUGUGACUUCUCUAUCAGAAAUCGGAACACAAGGCCUGAUUCUUGUGGCACAGGGUCAAAAGUGCAUGGUUCGUGGUCUUAGAGAAGACGGCUCACUUUUACCUGUAGCAUUUUUGGAUAUGAACUGCCAUGUUACCAGUGUCCGCGGUCUUCCUGGAACAGGCUUGUGUCUCUUGGCCGAUGCUUUCAAGGGCCUAUGGUUUGGAGGAUACACCGAAGAGCCUUAUACAUUCAAGAUUCUGGGCAAAAGUAAUGGCAAUCUACCGCUGUUGGUCGCCGAUUUCCUGCCUGACGGCGAUGAUCUGUCUCUGGUUGCAUCUGACGUUGACGGUGAUUUGCACGUGUUUGAAUAUAACCCUGAACACCCAAAAUCCCUCCAAGGCCACUUACUCUUACACAUCUCCACAUUUGCCCUCGGCCCUAACCAAGUCAACUGCACAAUUCGCCUCCCCCGAAGCGUUCCCGCGUCGGCACUGCCACCCCCCAAUGCAAAUGGAGUCAAUCAACCCCCGCCCCAAAUUCUAAUUCUUGGAUCGCCGUCUGGUCAGCUGGCUGCUCUUACACCGUUGACCGAAUCCAGCUACCGCCGCCUGCUGUCACUCACAAACCAGUUGCUGCCGUCGAUCAACCCCUACGGUGGUCUGCAUCCCAAAGCGUACCGAUUACCAGAAGGCACCUCCAGCGGCACGGCGAGAGUUGUAGGAGUAGAAACGGCUGCUUCUGGCCGCAUGAUUGUAGAUGGAGCGGUGCUUGCACGGUGGACAGAGGUUGGUGCCGCCAAGAGAGCCGAGAUGGCGAUGAAGGGCGGUUAUGAAGAUGUUGCAGAAAUGAGAAAUGAGCUUGAGACUGUUUUAGGUUGGAGCGGCAUGGCGUAUUUUUAAGCAAUGGGUAUGGGAGUUUUAACACGAUUUACUAAAAGUAUACAUGAAUGGAAGAACUAUUUUCAAAACCAGUGAAUGUGUUGUGUAUGAGAGAGAGAGACCUAAGAUCUGCAAGUGGUGUUGACUGAUCCUGUAUCAUGUCAUUUCUCUGAGGGUAGUAGAAGCUGGUGGGAUUAGUCCUGGCGAUGUCCUCCCAGUCCACCUCCAUGUCCUCUGAGCUGGCGGGAGUAGCCACAUCAUUCUCUGGGCUCGAGGUGUCAGCUGUUUGAGCCCAAACGGGUUCGUCCCACACUGGUUGAAGUGGAGGAUCCCGGUGGUCAUUUCUCUGGGACACGGAAGCAAGAAAGGCUGCACGAGUAAGAUAAUAGUAGGGGUGAGGGCGUGAUAUGUCCACGUGAGUAAAAGUGUCAAUGCUUGGGACAUUGCACUCCGCUGUGCAAAAGUGAUAAUUAGGUCCAAGUUGCACCGGGUAUUGACCUUCUAGGGGGCGGUCCGGCAAGGGGCCUAUGAACUUGCGAUAGCAGAUGCAGCAAUCAGCUAUAUGCCACCUUUCGGGUGAGUUUGGACAGUUGGGAUAUAUCACGAAGCUGGGGUUUGAGCUUGCCGCGGGGAUAUUCAUAGUCUGGAUAUUAUAUUGGAAUCCAGGCGUGGACCAGAGAUUCUCCAUGCUUUGAUAGGCUGCUGCCGUGUCUUCAGCGAGGGUUGGGCUUCUGCCAGUGUCAUUGCAGGGCUCAGUCGCAAACAGGGGGCCAAUGAUUUGCUCCAUGGCCUUGGAAAAGGUUAGUUUGGGGAUGAAUGGCAUAUGGUGUAAGUAUGGGGGAGAGACUUACACGGUCACGAGCAAUAGACUCGGGCUUCUUAGCUCUAACCAAAGUCAUUGUGAGGUCAGGUUUGGGUGUCUUGAGGGAUGUGUACAGAGGCAAGUAACAAGAUUUGGACAAGUUUGACAGUGAGGGGAUGAUACUGUAAAAGUGACAAGGAAAGUAAUAAUACAAACACUGGACGUUGGGCCUCUUUAAACAGACAUGUUAAAUAAACUCUGGAUUGACAUCGAGAGAGUUUGUCUGAGAUUUCACUGUAAACUAUAAAGCCGAGCAUACGACUAGAUACUCGGCAAAGAAUGUCAUAGAUUCGGCUUCUAAUUCUUUCUGCCAUAGUAGAAUGGUUCUACGGUCACGAGCCAUUUGAUAGACUGCAUCGCUUGUUAAGCUUAUUUCGCUUGAUUCUGUAUAAGAAAAGUUUGUCAAGGUAGAGCGAGAGUCAAAGAGCAGAGACCACUGAAAAAGGCAAAAAUCCCCCACUUAGUUCUGUUCUAACUUUUAUUAUGAUGGAUUAGACUCUGAUAUUCGAUUAACCAUCUUUAACCUGCUCUUUCUAGCGGCAUGUGCAUAUGUUAUGGACGGCUGCUGGACGAGGGUGGCUGUACAGCCGGAUUCGGAGACGCCAGCUUUGGAUUGCUGUAAUAUUCGGUAUGACAUUCAGACGCUCGUUUGUUGUAAAUGCAAUAAAUAAGAGUCAAUUCUUA